AAAAAGCUGUUAAUCUGUUAACUUCUGAGCACUUUGAGUUAAUGGCUGUGCUCACAUAUCCUUGUCUCGAUCUUUUUACUUUUCAUUUCUUGCGAGUAAGUUGGUUUACAUGCAUAUCAAAUCGUGACGUUCAUUUGAAGCUGCAGUCACUGUUCUGAAGAAUAUGACUUUGAGUGUUUUAACUUCACAUGCCAAGGCCAGAACAGGGUGUUUUAUUGUAAAUGCCUGGCAGCUAAGUAAGUUAUCACAGAAAUCUUCAACACUUCCUUAAGCAGACUGGACCUUUUUCAGUUUGCAGACCCCCAAAAUAAAUCAGCAAUCUCCCACACAGCCCUAGAGGUGCACAGAUCACAGCUGAAGAACAUUUCAUCCUGAAAGGGUUUGCCAGUUUUGCUCUACUGGAAGGGGCUGGCAGUGGAGCUUUUAUCCUAGAAGUUAUGUUGCUGUUACAACUCCUGUUAAUAAGGAGAGGCAUCCACAAAGAUCUCUGGUGUUACAAGGUGAUUCUUUUGUGCAAGAUUUCCUUGCCAUGCUAGCACAACUGUCCCAACAAAGUUUUUAAAUGUAAGCCACAUCAUCAUCUAAGUGUUGCUUUGCUAGAGGAAGCAGCCGGAUGAGCUGAUUUUCUCCAGAUACUUUGUAAGGCUGCUCACCUGGCCAAGACCACACCCAAUGGCCACCUGGCAGUUGGCUAUUUGAUGGCAAGAUCUGCUGCAAGAUGGUGAGAAGAAAGUUGCUAGAGUUUGUCUGACCAGCACACAGUCACAUGAAGACCUUCAAGAAAAUAGAUGUGUGAAAACAGCACUGAAAAUGCAAGACAAUCAAGUUACGUAGCAACUUACAAGAAAGGACUUUCAGUUAAAAAGCAUGAGGACAAGUGUAAAAACCCUGUCUCGCAGACAAUGACCUAGCCAUGUAUCAAAGCCAGUUUCUGGAACUCCGUCAAAGACUACUGUAUGCUGAAAAAGAAAAUAAAAAAAGAUCCCAUGAACUGAGUAGUGCCCUAGAUGAAAUUAAACGCAUAGUUGCGAAAAGAAUGAACUUGACAACAAAUCAUACAGAUGAUGAGAAAGUAUUAAACCUCACCAGGAAACUCCCCCUGCACCUUACAAACAUGUACUACUACCUACCUCAUCUUCGAGAAUAUGAAGAUGCCAUUUUUCCAAAUGUUAUUGUUGGGCAACAGAGAACUGGAGUCUCAUUGGUGAUGGGUAUUCCUACUGUGAAAAGGGAAAAACAAAGUUACCUGAUGACCACACUGCAUUCCCUGUUCUAUGAACUUUCUGAAGAGCAAAAGAAUGACUGUGUAAUAAUCAUCUUUAUAGCAGAGGUCAAUGAAGAAUAUGUUAACAGUGUUGCAGAAAGUGUUAAAAGCAGUUUCCCCAAAGAAAUCCAGUCUGGAGUCCUAGAGAUCAUUUCUCCUCCUGCUUCUUAUUAUCCAGAUCUUUCCAAUCUGAGGAAAACAUUAGGAGAUUCGGAGGACAGAGUAAGGUGGAGAACGAAACAGAAUUUGGAUUAUAGCUUUUUAAUGCUAUAUGCCCAUCCUAAGGGAACAUUUUAUUUACAGUUGGAAGAUGAUAUUAUAGCCAAACCUGAUUAUAUUCAAAGUAUAAAAAACUUUGCGGCUGAACAGUCCCAAGAGUGGAUGAUUCUUGAGUUUUCCCAGCUUGGAUUUAUUGGAAAAUUGUUUAAAUCAGAAGACUUGCCACCCAUAGUGGAAUUUUUUCUAAUGUUCUAUAAAGAUAAGCCCAUAGACUGGCUUCUGGACCACCUGCUCUGGGUCAAAGUGUGCAAUCCAGAAAAAGAUGCAGUACAUUGUGAAAAGGAAAAGGCAAAGAUACGUAUCCGUGCUAAACCAUCUCUCUUUCAGCAUAUGGGAAUUCAUUCAUCAUUGUCUGGGAAGAUACAGAAUUUGAAAGAUAAAGAUUUUGGCAGUAAUGUGCUAUAUAAAGCACAUAAUAAUCCACCUGCAAAAGUGUAUACAAGCCUAAAAGUAUACCAGCAAUAUACCUUGGAAAAAGUUUAUGAAGGAAAAGAUUAUUUUUGGGCUUCAGCUCCAGUGACUGGGGACUAUAUCAGAUUCACCUUUUUAAAGCCACUAAAGGUAGAAAAGUACUACUUUAGAAGUGGAAACAUAGAGCACCCUGGUGAUAUACUAUAUAACACCACUGUGGAAGUUUUGCUAGCUGAUGAAGCUGAAAGAAAAGAAUUGCUUGACAAUGGAAGUAAACUUAACUACCCAGCAACCAAAGAUGGAUAUUUAAAAAUAGGGGCUUUUGAAAAUGGAAUUGCAGAAGGCAACAUCAGUCUGUCAGAAAAAAUACAAGCUAUUCGUUUGUCAGUCAAUUCUGAUUCCCCUGUGUGGGCAAUACUUAGUGAGGUACUUAUCAAGACAUCUGAAAACUGAAAACUGGAAAAAAAUAUAUUUUUGACAUGUCACUUGUUAACGGGCUUGUUUGAAACCAGGCUAACAGCAACAAAAACCUGAGUGGGCACAAAGAACAAAUCCAGACCCAUUCCAUUCUUAAUACUGUGUAUUGGGAAAGAGUGGCGAUAACUGUUAAAUAUUUAUAUAAUAUAAAGAAUAUUAAAAGCUAUGAAAAAACUGAUCACAUUAGAAAUUUCCAUAAACUGUUAUUGAAUAAGCUGUUAAUAUAUAUACAUAAAAAAAAUAAAUCUCAUCUUAGUUUAGCAACAUUGAUUAUAUAUUACUAUAAACAAUUGAUAAGGCAUUACAGGUUAUCUCAGGGACUAAAACACAAAAGUAGGACAGGUUUCACUAGAACUAAACAUAUGGGCAUUUGGGGAAAAUAUUAAGGACAUUGUUUGUAACUCCAGGAAGAACACUAGUCAGUUUUGGAGGGAAAACAGAACUGAAGGAAAAGUUUUCAAUAUUCCUUGCAAGUACUUAGAGCAGUCCACCGGAGAAAGGAACAAUUUAACAACAUGAAAAUGGAUCUCAAACUUACCAUGUGUUUCAGCCUUAAUGUAGCAUAACAGAUGCUUAAUAUAUUUUUUUAAAUGAAAAGUGCCUACAAGUUACCAUUUGAAUAACUUGAAAAUCAAAUGUAUUGUUGAGAGGAAUGUAAAACUUUUCUGUGAAUCGUGCAUUGAAUUAACUAAAGGAAAUAAUCAGGGUAUCACAUGUAACUAUAUUUUUGUAGAAAGAAAAUCUAUUUAAAUAAAAUUUUGGAUCCUGUUAUUUGAUAAUCAGUCUGUCCUGAUACUUCAAUCCUGGUCACAAGUCAAAACUCAGUACAAGUUUGAAAAAACAGCUAAACCACUGUAGCCUCAUUUGAAGUGUUGCUGGGAAAUUGCACCUUGGAUAUCUACCUGUGAUGUGCAGAAUUCCGGUAUUGCUUCCUUAGCACUUGAAGCACGAGUGCGCCCUCAUUCGCCGGCACAAGCAUUGCAUCCUUAAUGUUACAAACUGCACUGUACAGUUUUGUAUGGAUUUGUGUUAAAUGGGUAAAAAUAAUGCAUAACAGUAUUCUUAAUAUUAGAGUAUUUUAUUUAGAAUAAUAUAAAAUGAGUUUUCUUGCAUACGUUAAAACAGUUCAGAGGGGAAGUUUUUCUAAAAACCAUCUCCAAUAAUAGUUUGAUAAUUUACAGUACUUAAAAUAUACACUGUGGUGCUAUAUAUAUGUGUGUGUGUAAAUACAUGUGUUAUUUCUUGGACCAAAUAUUGCAGCCUUCACUAGGUUAAGAAUUUAAUGCAGGUUAAGAAUUAUUGAAGUAAUGUGAGGUGCUUAAAGAUGCACAGAGGGACACCUUUAUUAUCGGUAAGCAUUUACAGUAAAAAGAAAGGUUGGAUAAGACUGAAAGCACUGUAUCAUUAAAAUGCAGUAGCUAAAACUACAGCUAGGGAUUGAAGGGAAACUGGGUGGCUCUGCGUAGGGCUAUGUGGCAUACGAAGGGCAGAGCUUCCUCCCUCUGACCCAGAUCAAAAUAGCCUUUCAGAUCUCUCUCUUUUUUUUUUUUUUUUCCUCUGCUGAUAGAGGAGUCAGAAUGACAUAUAAUCAUGAAAAGUUAUAUUAGGGAGUAAAACACAACUUACAUUACGCUAAGGGGGGGAAAAAUGAUUUUUUGGAAGUCAUUCUUGUCUUAACCUGAAAUGCUUUAGCAUCUUUGGGGAAGAACUUAAGUUCUUAAGUAGAAACUUAAAUCUUUUUUGCUAUUGCUUUCACUGGAACAGUCAUAGGCUGGGAGCAAUGUCUGCAUUUGGACUGUCUAGCGGCCAGUCAUUACAGGUAAGAGACAUUGUAUAGGAUGAAAUUUCAGGUCAAUUAUUAAUCAAGAAAACACAAAGUACAGAGGUAAAAGAUUUUGUUACCAAAGCCUUUUAUUUUCACAGUGAAAUGAAAUUUCUAACUGUUGAAGGGUAAUUCCAAAGAGCUUAUCAGAGUACCUGAAAUUAUAUUAGGAAGUGACUGGACUUUUGUAUACGUAUUUUUUUUUUUCAUUCUGUACAUCCAGCUAUGUACUUCAUUUAUGCUGUUUCAGGUUUUACAUAUUUUACCUAACCAUUGCAAUCAUCGAAUACGCUUUGAUGUAAAUGAGAUUUGCAGAUGUUGAAAGAGUAACAAAUGCUUGCUUGUGCGCUGUUGAGUAAAAUUUUGCUUAGUCCCCAUUCUUCCCUGUGCUUUAUGGAGUGCAGAGGUUUUUUGCCCAGUCUGUAGAACCUCAGCUUCUCUACAAAAUCGAAGGAACCUUGUGAGAUGAACUCUGGAUUUUCACUGAAGAAUUGAUAACUAAGUUAUGAGUGCUACAGCCCUAGUAAGUUUAAGAGAACAGUGUAAUAGAAGUAUACUUAUGUUCUUUUGCAUGUUAAUGUCAACAAUUAGCUGUGUGUUCAUAACAAUCUCUGUUAUGCAUGGAAUGGUUACAGAAUAUUUGUAUAUUUAUGUAGCCUUUUGAUCCUGAAAGGAAGUUCCUACCUGUGGUUUUCCAUUUAAUAAGCUGUACUGAACCUGCACGCACCUUCACACACCACGUCCCUAAGGCCAGAUUAAGGGCUCCUCAAGAGAAUUUUCAGUUCAGGUAACUGAC